CGUUCUACCGACAACAGCCUGGUUCUCGCGAGGUUUGGAGUUUUGGCGAGAGUUUGUGGAAGAUGGCGCCUGUUGUGACAGGGAAGUUUGGGGAGCGGCCACAACCCAAACGUCUCACAAGGGAAGCAAUGCGGAAUUAUUUAAAAGAGCGGGGUGAUCAGACCGUACUCAUCCUCCAUGCUAAAGUUGCACAGAAGUCUUAUGGCAAUGAAAAAAGGUUUUUUUGCCCUCCUCCCUGUGUGUAUCUCAUGGGUAGUGGAUGGAAGAAAAAGAAAGAACAGAUGGAGAGAGAUGGCUGCUCGGAGCAGGAGUCUCAGCCGUGUGCCUUCAUCGGCAUUGGGAACAGUGAGCAAGAGAUGCAGCAGCUGAACUUGGAAGGAAAGAAUUAUUGCACUGCCAAAACCCUGUACAUAUCAGAUUCGGACAAGAGAAAGCACUUCAUGUUAUCAGUGAAAAUGUUCUAUGGCAAUAGUGACGACAUUGGUGUGUUCCUAAGCAAACGUAUCAAGGUCAUCUCAAAGCCAUCUAAAAAGAAGCAGUCACUGAAAAAUGCAGACCAUCUCUUAUCUGUUCCAGUAUGUAUUGCAUCAGGGACAAAAGUGGCACUAUUUAACCGGCUGCGAUCUCAGACGGUUAGUACAAGAUAUUUGCACGUAGAAGGUGGAAACUUUCAUGCCAGUUCGCAACAGUGGGGAGCAUUUUUCAUCCAUCUUUUGGAUGAUGAAGAGUCGGAAGGAGAGGAAUUCACUGUGCGUGAUGGUUACAUUCAUUACGGGCAGACAGUAAAACUUGUGUGUUCUGUUACUGGCAUGGCACUCCCCAGACUGAUUAUCCGGAAGGUGGAUAAACAGACAGCAUUAUUAGAUGCAGAUGAUCCAGUCUCCCAGCUCCAUAAAUGUGCGUUCUACCUGAAGGAUACAGAGAGAAUGUACUUGUGCCUUUCUCAGGAACGAAUAAUCCAGUUUCAAGCCACUCCAUGUCCCAAAGAGCCAAACAAAGAGAUGAUAAACGAUGGUGCAUCAUGGACAAUCAUUAGCACGGACAAGGCAGAAUACACGUUCUAUGAAGGCAUGGGACCAGUCCACGCACCGGUGACUCCCGUCCCUGUUGUAGAAAGCCUUCAGCUGAAUGGAGGUGGAGAUGUAGCAAUGUUGGAGCUCACAGGACAGAACUUCACUCCAAAUUUGCGAGUUUGGUUUGGGGAUGUGGAGGCAGAGACCAUGUACAGGUGUGCAGAGAGCAUGUUGUGCGUCGUUCCUGAUAUAUCUGCGUUCCGAGAGGGCUGGAGGUGGGUGCGCCAGCCGGUGCAGGUGCCAGUAACUUUGGUCCGGAAUGAUGGCAUAAUCUAUUCAACCAGCCUUACUUUCACGUACACCCCAGAGCCUGGACCUCGACCCCAUUGUAGCGCAGCUGGAGCAAUCCUACGAGCCAACUCAAGCCUCCUGGCCUCCAGUGAUUCCAGCACGAACAGCGAGGGAAGUUACACAAACAUCAGCACAAACCCAACCAACGUCACAUCAUCCACGGCAGCAGUAGUGUCCUAACCACAAACUCUUGUAUCUGGACUUCAGCUGACUUUAUUUUUUAUGGGUUUUUUUUUUUACAUGGAAGGACAUGUAUAAUGAACUUUAUAUUUUUGACUUAGUUUUUAUAUUUUUAUUUGUUUUAUUUUAUUUUAAGCUUUUGUGAGAAAACAUUUUCUCCAUAUUUGUUCAUAUCGCCUGAACCUUUUGAACUGCAAGUGCCGAGUUAAUUUAAAAAAAAAAAAAAAAUUGAAGCCACAAUAAUGAAAUGGGGAAAAUGUAUGUAAAUGUAAAAACACCACUGAAAAUCUAUUUUUAGCCGUAUUUUUUAUUUAAGUCAAAAAAAUGGCCAGAAAUAGAGACUGUGGCUUGGAGGUGAAACCUUCAGCAAAAGUAGAAUGCAUGAACAUAACCUAGUUUUUAUGGACCAAGAAACUUGUAUAAGCUUUAGUAAAAGGUACAUUUUUACCAUACCUUUUUAUAUCAUAACAUAUAGUACACUUUUGUUACCAAAUAGUUUAUUUUAUUUUAUUAUUUCUCUCUAAAAGUAUAUACAGGUUCAAAACCUGGAAAUACUUGUGUAAUGUAAUUGUCAUACUCUUCCAGUUACAAAUAACAAUGGUCAACAGCUGGAACUUUUUUUAAACAUUUUCUUUUUUAUUUAAACUGAAAUCUUUUAUUUCAGCAUGAUAAACCAUGUAAAGGCCAGCUUCUUUUUUAUUUUAUUUUUAUUUUUAGAUAAUAUGAAGUCUGUGCAAAAAGCUUUAAAAAAAAAAUGCCUCUACCUUGCCUGCAAUACAAACUGUGUGUGGAUAGUGUUCUCUAUUCAGUCGUUGUCUGGUAUAUCCAGCUCUUUGUUGUUAAAUGUAGUUUAGAAGCAGUGAACUUGUUGUUAUCCAGCUGUUGCUAUACAGCAUCUUCCACGGUCUGUAAUGAAGCCGAUGGGUGUAAUGUUCAAAGAGCAACAACUGAAGAGCUACAGGUACACUUGAUCUUCACUGAUAUAUGUAAAUAUAUGUAUAUGUAUGUUUCCUUGUAGCCGCUUCAUCGGCAAGAGUCCAUAGCGGUUCUCUUCAAUGAAGAUGCUAUUGUAUUUAUAGAGACUAUUUAUGGUCCUAACAUACCCGAAAAACAUCCAUUCAGAACAUGGCAUUUAAACAGUCCUUCAUAUCCUGCAACUCCAGGCGUCAAAUACGGAUAUUUUAUUUAAGUCUUUUUUUUUUUUUUAAACAAAAUUAAUUUUUAUGUUUGAGGUUCAGGUUUUGCUUUUGUUUUUUUUAGAAUCUUGUACAUAACAUGUAUUACGUGUAAGUUAAGUGUUUUCUUACUGUUUUUUUUUAAUUAUUUUUAUUAUUGAAUUGUUCCCUAUGGCUUAUGUUGCUAUUUAUCGCCUUAUUGGCACUGGGCUUUGGGAUUGAGAGACCUGUUCAGUGAACCAAUGUAACCGAAGGCAAAAAUGAACCAGCUACCAAAUAUCUGUCUCUACACUGUUUAAAGUGCGCCUCAUUGUCUACAGUGGAGGCAGCCAUUUUGUGUGCCGAGCCCAUAUUCAUGAGAAUACAGUUUACCCUUUCAUUAAGAGUCAGUGAAGUCCCAAGUCGCUGCUACUUAGUAGAUUGAUGAAUUGUAGUGCGUUCUAAGCUGGAUGCCACCACUGCCAGUAGGCAAUAGGCACACUUUAAGUGGUAAUCUGUACAUGUUAAAGUAACCUCUGUUCUUUGUCACUGUUAAAGGGUUACUAAACCUAACAUAAGGUAUUCAUGAAGUUACCCAUGCCAUAGACAGAACAUGAAAUGUUUACUAUUGCAAGUGUUCCUUUGUGCAUAUUCACUAAUAUAGUUGCAAGUUUUCACUGUGCAGUAACCCAUGGCAACCUAACAGACAUUUGUUGAAGAAAUCGGAUUACAGUUUGUUUGCUAUGGCUUCCUGCAUUGCGGAGCUUUGGAGAAUAACCCCCAUUGUUUUGCUUAGUUCAACAUUAUGCUCGCUAUGCUAUUGUGUGUGUACAGAUGUGUUCUCUUAAGCCCAGUACACACUACAGAGAUGUGUGCUGAGCGAUCUGUCUCAGACUGCUCAGAACACAUCUCUCCCCUCCGCUCAGCACAGCGUGAUGUGUGCUGAACCAGGGGACGGGGGGGCCGCUCAUUUCACCUAGCGGGUGAAAUGAGUGAUGUGCUAGAUUGUGCCUGCAUGCAGGCCAAUCUAGCAGCGGCGAUAGCAAUGCGCUAUCGCUGUGGUGCAUACACACCAGAGAUCCGUGCUUAAAAUUUAUGCAAUCUAGUCGGAAUGCUUAGAUUUUAAGAACGGAUCUCUCCAUGUGUACCCCCCUUUACACCUCUCCCUUUUUGCUUCAUGUGGCACAAAAUGCUUAGCACAGCAAAGACGCUCCACCACGCAUAGCAGUUUUUUGGGGGGUUUUUUGCUGCAAAAAAAUUUGAUUUAAAGUAGCAGAUCUCAAGAAAAAUCACAAGGCGUGAGUGUGACACAGAUUCCAAUGCAUAGCUAAUUUGGCCAUACAGCUUAAAUGGGGACAGGUAUAUGUGGACACAACUAACUAUCUCUCUCUCUCUCUCUCUCUCUCUCUCUCUCUCUCUCUCAUAUAUAUAUAUAUAUAAUUACUAUGUAAGGGAACUUGCGGUUUAGGUUUAGUGGCCCUUAAUGACCCACUCAAAGUAAUUUUCCCAACUGUACAUGAUUCUGACAUCUUGUAACCGAGGUUGGUAUUCCCGAAUAUUACUCAUCCCACCUACACAAGGUACAUUUUUUAUUAUCCCUAAUGUUACAGCCAAUAGAAUGGAACGGACAGAAAUAUAGGCAUGAUAAUUUCAUGCCCACAACAUGGAAGCGAUAAUACUACUUGUCAUUUCACUUUGUCAGAGGCUGAUAUGAAAUUAGUUUCAUACAUUGUAAAAUAUAUCUUUUUCUCUAUCGUCCUAGUGGAUGCUGGGGUUCCUGAAAGGACCAUGGGGAAUAGCGGCUCCGCAGGAGACAGGGCACAAAAGUAAAGC